UAAUAUUUGUUAACUGACAAAUAUAUACAUAUAAUAGAAAGGUAGAUAUACGUACAUAUAUAUGCACACUUUUCCAGCAGCAUAAGUACAUACCUGAACUGCAUAAUAUGUGUACACACCCAUAUGAAUUGAAUGAAUAUGAAUAGAGAGGUGGGCUAUUUUUACAUUCAUAGGUGUACAUUGUUUUUGAAUACAGAUUAUACUUAUCUCUAGGGCUUACGCAACAAUAACCGUUAUAUCAUCACACUUUAUGUUUUAUCAAAGACAAUAAUAAAAUCAAAAAACAACAUACUGGGCGCUCUUUAAUUAGAGCCCCAUAAAAAGACCAAAUAUAAGAUAUCGUUAUUGCUGAAUAAUAUGUAUCUGUAUCGUUGGACUAAGAACAAUCAAUUUCAAGUGUACUUAACUAGUUUUGUGUGGAUUUUUCUACUAUCUAACACUCCUGUCAAUAGCUUUUUAGAGAGAUUGCAAACAGCACCUCAGGGUACAUUAGACGUAUUAACUGCAGUAAGAGUCAGUGAACAAGCAUAUGUACAAACUUCACCUGGUCGAUGUCGUCAAGAUUCGAAUGAUUUGGCAACAUCAUCAAAUGUUGCAGAAAGGAAUGUAGCUUAUUCUGUUCCUCGUGGAUUAAGUCUUUUCAUAGAAGGUCGAUCUUUAAUCCCUGAUCCAUUUCCUCCAGAUCUGUCUAUUUUAUUUACUAUUCGAUUGGAAUCUAAUUUGGAAAAGGAGUUUUUCGCUCUUUAUGAUCGACAUGGACGAAUGAUUUUACGCAUAAUAAUUGGCUCACAUUUGCAAUUAGAAUAUUUAUCAAAAGAAUCACAGUCUAGUCAGCUUUCUGAUGUGCAUCCUCGAGAUUUAAAAGCACAUUCAGGAAAAACAUUAGAGAAAGCUAUUUUUAAAACUCGCCUAAAUGAUGGCCUAUGGCAUCGUGUAGCCGUCAGUAUUGGUACUACUACCGUAAGAUUACUAGUUGAUUGUAAACAAAGGGAGUCCAUAAAUUAUAAUCGUUCAUCAACAAGCAUUGAUAACAGAGGUCGAAUACAAGUAUUAAAAGACGGUAUUCAUGGUUUUAUUGAAGAUUUUUAUCUUCUACCUGGUGAAGAAGGUGCUGUUAAACAAUGUGAUGUUUAUUCACCUAAUUGUUUUGAUGAUCAAAUGAUGGGGGAUGAAGGAGAUAAAGAUACUGAUCCAAUGCAGGGUCCAACAGGUUCUAUGGGAGAUAGUGGUCCACCAGGUGAUAAAGGUGAACCAGGUUUGAAUGGGUCAUCCGUACCUGCUGGUGAACCCGGUCCACCUGGUCCUAUGGGUUCCUUAUUCAUCAUUCCUCUCAAUCUAGGCGUCGGUAGUAGUAGUUUUGCACGGGCAGCUACAUUUCGAGACCUGCUUCAAAAACAUUUGCUUUCCUUAAAAGGUGUACGUGGAGCUAGAGGAAUGACUGGUGUGACUGGUCCAGAAGGAGGUCCCGGUGAACCCGGUGUUAAAGGAGAAGUUGGGCACCCAGGUGAUACGGGAUACCAAGGGCCUCGUGGGCCGAUGGGUCCACCUGGACGCCAAGGUUCCAGUGGACCACCGGGAUUAGAUGGUAGUCGUGGAGAACCUGGUCCAUCAGGAAUGAAAGGAGAAGAUGGACGCCCUGGUGAUUCUGGACUUAUAGGCCUUAAAGGAGAUAAAGGUGAAUUAGGGCCUCCUGGUCCCAAAGGUGAUCAAGGUCUCCCGGGUGAAGAGGGACCACGUGGACCUCAUGGAGAUAUUGGGGAUCAAGGAGAUCCAGGUCUGCCUGGAGUACGUGGUCCUGUGGGUCAGCCGGGUCCACAGGGUCCGAGAGGAAAACCUGGAAAUCAGGGACCACGGGGACGUAAAGGUGAACUUGGGGAACCUGGUCUACCAGGUUUACCAGGGCCAGCAGGUCCUGUAGGAACAUCUGGGCCAGAAGGUAUGGCUGGUCCUCGGGGCCCAACAGGUAUAGCUGGUCAGAGGGGACGCUCUGGUCCCUCAGGAGUUCCAGGUACUGAUGGUCUCCCAGGAUUUCCAGGUCCCAAGGGAGAUGUAGGACCUAAAGGAGAUACAGGUCCGAAUGGAUCAAAAGGUGAUACAGGUAUUCAAGGACCAAGAGGUUAUAAAGGUGAACGGGGUCGGUCCGGUCCCGAAGGUGCAAAAGGUGAGAGUGGCAAACCAGGGCCUGUAGGAGUGCCUGGAGAUCCAGGUCCAAAAGGAGUGAAGGGAGACGUUGGAAUAUCUGGCCCCGUAGGAUCGCCAGGAGUUACAGGUAUGAAAGGUGACCCAGGUCCACCUGGUCCAGUUGGACAAAGAGGAGACCCUGGGACCAAAGGUUUACCUGGCGCUAUCGGCAUCCCAGGUCCACCCGGUCCAGACGGAGAAAGAGGUCCACCAGGUUUAACUGGAAGACGAGGUCGAGGCGGUGACAAGGGAGACAUUGGACCUCCAGGUUCACCAGGUGAAACAGGGCAGCAAGGGCAAAGAGGGGCUCCUGGGCCAAGAGGUCCACCAGGAAGAUUUGGCCCGCCGGGAAUGAAAGGGGAUGCUGGUCCGGUUGGCCCAGUUGGAUCCGUCGGACCGAUUGGUGAACAAGGUCUUCAAGGUCCCGUCGGACCUCCUGGACCAAUAGGACCACCAGGUUCAACUGGAAGAGAAGGACCUGUUGGAUUUCCUGGACCACGUGGAGAACCAGGUGAACGUGGACCAGCAGGGCAACCUGGUAGUCUUGGGAACACUGGACCACCGGGUCCUAUAGGCGAUCCAGGACCUGAAGGACAACAAGGUCCAGUCGGACCAACAGGUCCAACUGGAGAUCCUGGAAAGGAUGGUAUGCCAGGGCGUGAUGGUCAGCCUGGUUCUAAAGGUGUAAGAGGUUCACCAGGAGUACUUGGCAAUCAAGGCGUUCGAGGAUUCCCGGGAUUUGAUGGCAUGCCAGGUCGACCUGGACCAGCUGGUUUGAAAGGUGAAAUAGGACCUGAUGGUGAAGUGGGACCUAUUGGAGAUAAAGGCUACCAAGGUGAUGUUGGUAUUAUCGGACCCAUCGGACCAACAGGUCCGAUGGGAGCAAGAGGCCCACCUGGUCCAGCUGGAGUCAAAGGUUUAACCGGUGAAGACGGUCCUUUAGGACUAGUAGGAUCUCCUGGACCAAGGGGACCACCUGGUCGAUUAGGUCCUAUUGGACCGUUAGGGCCUCCUGGUUUUGAUGGGGAAAAGGGCGAUAAGGGUGCAUCAGGGCCACCAGGACCAAAAGGCGAUAAAGGAGGAGUGGGUAUACGUGGACCUUUUGGACCAGUUGGGAGCCCUGGGUUACCUGGGAUACAAGGACCACCAGGACUCCCUGGACAAGCAGGUGAGGAGGGACCUGAAGGAUUAGUUGGUCCAGAAGGAUCUCGAGGAUUGCCAGGAGCACCAGGUGCAUCUGGAAUGGUAGGUGUGACAGGUCUACCAGGAAUAGCCGGAGAAAAAGGAGACCAGGGAUCACAGGGUCCUAUAGGUCGACGCGGUUUACCAGGGACAGUUGGAGUCCCUGGCCCAGCUGGCCAACCUGGAAAUGUUGGAGCACCUGGUCCUGUUGGGCAACAAGGAGAAAGAGGGACUCAAGGAGAAGAUGGGCCACCAGGACCUCGAGGUGUUGAAGGAAGUCCUGGAGUACAGGGACCACUAGGACCAAAAGGUCAAGAGGGUCCCCGUGGGCCACAAGGAGUACCUGGUGAUAUAGGGAUCCCAGGACCUGAUGGACCAAAAGGAGAGUUGGGUCCUUUAGGAAUACCUGGACCUCAAGGACCAACAGGACCUCCUGGACCAAAAGGUGUUCAAGGACCAGUUGGAGAAGAUGGAUCUCCUGGACCGCAAGGUCCUCUUGGAAAACAAGGUUUAAGAGGUCUGCCUGGACCUCUAGGACCACCUGGACCUCCUGGUAUGACGGGUCCUCAGGGACGUACUGGACCUCAGGGUCCUAAAGGUGUAAAAGGUGAAACGGGUGAACAAGGAGUACCUGGUGAACCAGGACGCGUUGGGCCAGUAGGAUCCCCUGGACCUCCAGGAUCUUUGGGCAGCCCUGGCCAACAAGGUGUACCAGGGGUAAUGGGUAAACAAGGCAAGACAGGAGAACGAGGAUCAGAAGGACUACAAGGCAAGCAAGGUGACCCUGGUAUACAAGGUGACCGUGGUCCGAAAGGUAGCAAAGGAACUUAUGGUCCAGUCGGUCCAUUGGGGCCUCCGGGACCAAAGGGUGAACAAGGUGUUCCUGGACUUGAGGGCGUACGAGGAGUGGUUGGUCUCAAAGGAGAAAGGGGUCCUGUCGGACCUGCCGGAGAUCCAGGACAACCAGGUCCAUCCGGACCAGUUGGUCCUGAAGGUCCAGCUGGACAUCCUGGUCCUCCAGGUUAGUAAAUGAAUUUGAAUUUGUAAAUAUAAGUUUUAAAUUCAUCAGUUUUAUAUCUUAUAUAUCAUCUUUUGUUAUUUUCCACACUGCACUAUACAAAAUACCUGAUAACUUUAUCUAGUUCCGCCGAAAACAAAUAAUCUUAAGAAGUUUUGUCAUGAAAAGUGGGGCUCCAUAAUCAUCUGGGAUGAGGCAUGAGUUAUUAGCAAACUUGAAGUUCAGUAAAUAUUUCAUAUUAAAACAGCUUUACUCCUGCAUAUAAACUAAUACUAAACAACUCAUUCGAUAUUCGUAGAGAAAUACUCUUGUUUUUUAAAGUAUAAUUUAUUUAAAUGAAAUCAUGCUAUGAAUAACGUAAAAAAAAGUAAAACACUUUUAAGUAUAUUGGUUCGAGAUCUAAAAUGAAACGUAAGUUAGUAACUAUUUCGUUAAAUCAUGAUUUGCAAUCAUAAACAACUGAUUUUAGUACACGUUACCUAUAGAUUAGAAAGUACUUACACCAAGAAUUAUGGUUUCCACAUAAACUGAGGUUACUAUGAACAUUUAAGGGAAUUAAUUGUUUCAAGUUAUUAGGGUAAUUGUAUUUCUGUAUUGUUUACGUAGGUAUUAAGUCAUUACGAAAUAUAUUGGGCUUCCUUGACGAUAUAACUGAACCUUAUUUUUUGUAAUUAAUGUUUUCGAUUUAAACAUAUUUUUUCCUUUAUAGGGUUACCUGGUGUCCCAGGUCAAAAGGGUUCAUCUGGUCCAGCAGGACCACCGGGACCUCCGGGUCCAAUCAAGGUCUUAGAUAUGAGUGAAGGUUAUUAUAGGUUUGAGGAUACACCCAGAGUUAGACGUAGUAUUUCAGAUGCUUUAUACAAUAAUCAAUAUUAUUCGAAACAGGAUCCGGGUACGUUAUACUGUAAAGUGAAUAAUCAUUUGAUUUUUUUCUUUACCUUAGUCUCUCUUAUAAGCGUUUCUGUGUAAAAUUCCAGGUGGUUCUAUAUAAUUUUUUACCUUAUGAUUGCUAGAAGACUACAUAUUAAAAGACCCAAAUGUUUAUAAGAUGCUAACUUUAAGACACCUUUCAUCAUCUACAGGAAUGACCCUCUCAUUUUAUUAGCAGAGAAGAGAAAUCUAAGAUUGACUAAAGUAAACACCUAACAUAUCUAAGUUUUAUAAACCCCCUACUUUUAAAAAAAAUGGGGGUCAUUGACUAAAAGAAAAUUUUUGUCUUAAAAUGUCUUAAAUAAACGAAUUAUGAAUCAAUAAAAAUUAAUCGAAUAAUUCUUUGUUUUUCAAGCCUAACAAGUUAUUGUGACUUAAAACCUAAGGUCAUAAGCUAUAUUACUAAAACACUGAACCACAAUCUAUACCUUAGCUUACUUCUAUAAAUUUCACACCGUUGGAUUAGUUUUGUUGCAUGUACGAAAGUUAUUAAAUUUUAAAACAAAACUUUAAAAUAAUCGUAAUAUCAAAUUUCUGAUUGUCUACUAAAAAGUCCCAACAAAUGUAUUUAUGUAAGAAUAAUUAAAGUGUAGUGAACGAGAACAUGAAGUGGUGAAAAUGGAAAGUAUUUCAAUACAAAAUUACAGAAUCUCUUACUAACCAUACAGUAAAUACCUCAUUUGCAAAAUGUCAAUCAAUUGUUUCAAGCUUGACUUUUCCUUUUGCAAAUGUCAAUCAAUCGUCUCAGACUUCGUUGUUCUUUCGAUUCCACAGCAAUCAUUCUUUGUUCUCGUUUUCUUUUCUUUGAUCUUCUUAACUUUCUGCCACUUUCGAUUGAUAAUACGUACUAUUUAUAUCCAUCGAUCAGUAGCACAUACCACAAAAGUAUGUGUAGAAAAUUUGUGUUAAAAAUGAUCAACUUUCAAAUAAUCGCUAAUUUCUACGUUGAAAUACAUUGUUAGCUCCUUU